AUGGAGCUGCGCUCUGAGCUGCCCAGCGUACCCGGCGCGGCGACGGCGGCGGCGACAGCGACGGGGCCGCCCGUGGCUUCGGUGGCGUCGGUGGCAGCGGCGGCGGCGGCGGCCGCUUCGCUGCCGGUGAGCGUGGCGGGCGGCUUGCUACGGGCGCCGCCGCUGCUGUUGCGGGCUACGGAGAAGUACCCGCGGACGCCGAAGUGCGCGCGCUGCCGCAACCACGGCGUGGUGUCUGCGCUCAAGGGCCACAAGCGCUACUGCCGCUGGAAGGACUGCCUGUGCGCCAAGUGCACGCUCAUCGCAGAGCGCCAGCGCGUCAUGGCGGCGCAGGUGGCGCUGCGCAGGCAGCAGGCGCAGGAAGAGAACGAGGCGCGCGAGUUACAGCUGCUCUACGGCACCGCCGAGGGCCUGGCGCUGGCCGCCGCCAAUGGCAUCAUCCCGCCGCGACCGGCCUACGAGGUCUUUGGCUCUGUGUGCGCAGCCGACGGCGGGGGGCCGGGAGCUGGAGCGCCCGCGGGGGCCGGGGGCGGCGCCGCGGGCGCGGGGAGCUCAGAGGCCAAGUUACAGAAGUUUGACUUGUUCCCCAAGACACUGCUUCAGGCAGGCCGCCCAGGCAGCCCGCAGCAGCAGCCGGGAAAGCCCUUAUCACCCGACGGCGCGGACUCGGGUCCUGGGACAUCGUCCCCAGAGGUGCGGCCGGGCUCGGGCUCGGAGAACGGCGACGGCGAGUCCUUUUCGGGGUCACCCCUGGCCCGGGCCUCCAAAGAGGCAGGUGGCAGCUGCCCAGGCAGUGCUGGCCCCGGAGGUGGCGGCGAGGAGGACAGCCCGGGAUCCGCCAGCCCUUUGGGUUCAGAAUCCGGUUCCGAGGCCGACAAAGAAGAGGCGGAGGCCUCGCCCGCGCCAGGGCUGGGCGGGGGCCCGGGUCCACGGCAGCGGACGCCGCUGGACAUCUUGACGCGCGUCUUCCCGGGCCACAGGCGGGGCGUCCUGGAGCUGGUGUUGCAGGGCUGCGGCGGCGACGUGGUGCAGGCCAUCGAGCAGGUGCUCAACCACCACCGCGGGGGCCUGGCGGCCGGCCUCGGCCCCACCGUGCCCCCAGACAAGGCCGCAGUGGGGGCGGUAGGCGCCGCGGACGACGCGUGGCCAGGCCGCGUGGACGCCGCGGCUGCCGGGGGCCCGGGGCUCCCCGCGCCGCUGCAGGCGGGCCCCGCCGCACCUCCGCACCACAGACCUUUGCUGGCCGGCGCCAUGGCGCCCGGGGCUCUGGGCUCGCUGAGCAGCCGCUCUGCCUUCUCGCCACUGCAGCCCAACGCCAGUCACUUCGGCGCCGACGCCGGCGCCUACCCGCUGGGCGCGCCGCUCGGCCUCAGCCCCCUGCGCCUGGCCUACUCGGCGGCGGCGGCGCACAGCCGCGGCCUGGCCUUCAUGGCUCCCUACUCCACCGCUGGCCUGGUGCCCACCCUCGGCUUCCGCCCGCCCAUGGACUACGCCUUCAGCGAUCUCAUGCGCGACCGCUCGGCCGCCGCCGCUGCCGUGCACAAGGAGCCGACCUACGGCGGCGGCCUGUACGGGCCCAUGGUCAACGGCGCCCCGGAGAAGCAGUAG